AUUGUUGGGGCGGGCCUUUGAAGACUGGCGGGGAGAUUCGAGCAUUCCACAACGGUGGGGCAACAGAAUAGGAAAUGUAAACGGAUUAUUAGAUAACAACGCUUUUGAACUAAAAAUCUGUGUAUCUUAAACAUUUAGUUUGUCAUGGUUACCCACGAAAAUUGACACUGCAGGUACAUCUCGUUGUGGUCAACCAUUAUUUUCAAGGUUGUAGCAUGGAGGUGCUGGAGGCGAUGGAGGUGGACCUGCAGCUGGGAGGGCCCAGUAGGGAGCCCGUGCCUGACUCUGACGCUCUGGCCAGCCUGGAAGAGCUCCCCGCCAUCGUCCCCGACUCUGGCAGCGAAACCGAGGUUGAGGACGAGGCAGAAGCUGCUCUUCCUGACCCGCCUCGACUACCGACCACCUGGGCGUACAGUCAGAACAGAGUCAGAGUGGAAGGUCAAGUUGGUCCCCGAAUCAGAAUGGAGGGUCACAUUGGGACCAGGGUCAGAAUGGAGGGUCACACUGGGACCAGGGUCAGAAUGGAGGGUCACACUGGGACCAGGGUCACCACUGCAGCCGCCCUGAGGCAGCGGAGAACCAGGUCGGGCCUGAGGGCGCACCACGCCACCCAGGCUUCCGCGCCUGCUAGCCGUUUCCUUGAUUUCCUGCUGCGGGUCCCUGCUGCCAACCAGGCCGAGCCUGACUCUGGGAGUAACACGGAGGUGAGCGAGUCCGAGGAUGAGCCAGAGGCCCCGGUGGCAGCCGCCGAUCUUUCCAUCCCUGCCGUUUCCUCCAGCCCUCGUCUAAAUCCUUCAGUGGCAGCACCGCCCCCGCAAAGCAUUGAUCCGGCAGCUUCUAACGCGACAACAGAGGCUAGAAGAACAGAGGCCGGGAAUCAAGCGAAUCCUGUGGGGGCACCGGACUCCGACCCCUCUGAUGGCGCGGCUCCACUGCCUCAGGUGGAGGAGACCGAAGGGGAGAACUGCCCCGUUUGCUUUGAGCCCUGGACCACGUCAGGGGAGCAUCGCCUGGCGACACUGCGCUGCGGACACCUGUUCGGAUACACCUGCAUCGAACGCUGGGUGAAGGGUCAGGGCCAUGGAGCCAAGUGCCCCCAGUGCAACAAGAAGGCCAAGCGCUCCGAUAUCGUCCUCCUGUACGCACCCAAGCUGAGGGCUUUGGACAACACCGAGCAGGAGCGUAUGAAGAGGUCACUGGAGCAGGAGCAGUCCCUGCGUAGGAAGGCUGAACUGGAGUCGGCCCAGUGUCGGCUACAGCUGCAGGUGAUAACCGACGAAUGUGGGAAACUACGCAAGCAGCUCCAGGAGCUGAAGACUCUGAUGGCCCAGCCUGGCUGUGCACCUUCUCAGAGCAAAGGGACCUCUCUCUCUGGGCUUUCCCAGGGACAGGACGGCGCCAAGGCGGGCCAAUACGUCUUCUCCAAGGCAGUGCUGGUGUCCCAGACGGGGGGCUGCAGGGUUCUGUCGUAUUGUGAGCCUCUCAGCUGCCUGCUGGCCUCACAGCCCUCCCCACACACCACUCUGGUGCCUGGCUGUGGUGUGAAGAAGGUGAGCACGGUGAAUCUGAAGGCCUGCCAGUAUGUUCCCAUCCAUGUCAAACAGAUCCGAGGCCUAGCCUUCAACAGACAGGCCGACAGCCUCCUGCUCUCCGGUGCCCUGGACUGCACCAUAAAACUCACCAGCCUGAUGACCAACACUGUGGUGCAGACAUACAACACCGGUAAACCCGUAUGGAGCUGCUGCUGGUGCCUGGACAAUAGCAACUAUGUGUACGCCGGCCUGACUAACGGCUCCGUGCUGGUGUAUGACACCAGGGACACCAGCACCCACGUCCAGGAGCUGCAGCCACUACGCUCCAGGUGUCCCGUUGCCUCCCUGACCUAUGUGCCCCGCGCUGUAUCCCGCUCAUUCCCGUGCGGUGGCCUCAUCGCAGGCUCUCUGGAGGGGGGCUGCUUCUGGGAGCUGGUUGGCGGGACAACCUACAGACGCCAUAUGUUGCCCCUGGAGAUGGGAGGCUGCACAGACAUCCAAGUGGAGCCAGAGAGCCGACACUGUCUGGUCACCUACAGACCAGGGCGCACCAACCCGUCACAGCGCUGUGUUCUGAUGGAGCUGAACAGGACGCCUCCCCCUGUGGAUACUGACCUGGAGCACUCGUGUUCCUGCUACCCGGUCCAGGCCUUCAGCAUCGGCUCCUCCUGCAAACUGCUCACCAAGAACGCAGUGUUCAGAAGCCCGGCUGGGGAGGGCUCCACUCUGGUCUGUGCUGGAGACGAGUCCACCAACUCCACCAUGGUGUGGGAUGCCAAGAGUGGAUCCUUGAUUCAGAAGUUGCCUGCUGACCUCCCAGUGUUAGACAUCUGCCCAUUUGAGGUGAACCAGGGCCACUACCUGGCUUCUCUCACUGAGAAGAUGCUCAAGAUCUAUAAGUGGGAAUGAGGAUUAUGGAGGACGCCACUCUGCGAGCAUUCUUUAAUAGCUGCUGCUGGGAUCUAUAUGUAACGCUUACCCAAAUUCUUACCCAAAGUAACUACAGAGGAGCCCUUGCUGUGUUCAGAUUGCAGUGGAGUGUCUGGAGACCUACAUUGCUGGAGAGUUUAAGGACUGAAAACCCAUCACAUAGAAAAUAAAAAUAGCAUAACAGAUAUGAUACAGUGAACUAGGCGUGUUGUACACCCACUCAUCCCUACUCUGCCUUUUGCUUGGCCUUGUUUUGGAAGUAGAGAAUAAUUGAUGUGGUUGCCAUUUAUACAUGCUGCCAGUGUGAGACCUUUUCAACGUCGUGCUUCAUCACUGGUCUUGCUGAUGGAUACGUGAAUUAAAAUCAUGACACUGACCGCAAACAAGUGUUACACUUCCUGUAAAUCUAGUUGGAGAAGCCAGCAGGCUGUAUCAAAAAUAAUUCUGGAUGCUUUUAAAAAUGUUCUUUAUAUUAGUUUGAGGAAAUUGUAUAUAAGUGUCAUUUAUACCAUAUGUUUGUGUACAAUUUUUGA